AUGACAAUUUCAUCUGUAACAGAAGGAAUAUUAAAUCGAAGAAAGUUAUUCACAGCAAAUGAAAACUAUAAUGAAAGUGACAUAUUAUUAUUCUCGAUCGCUUCGUCGUUAAUCUGGAUAAUGAUACCAGGUUUAGGAUUUUUAUAUUCAGGGUUAGCCAGACGGAAAAGUGCUUUGUCGAUGAUAUGGAUAGUGUUGAUGAGUUCGUUCAUUGGAUGCUUCCAAUGGUACUUUUGGGGAUACUCAUUAGCAUUUUCUGACAAGUCUACAAAUAACUUUAUAGGGGAUUUGCAUUUCUUUGGAUUCAAAAAUCUCUUGGGCAGUGCUGAAGGUACGCCGGACUACCCAGAGAUUGCAUUUGCGUUAUUUCAAAUGCAAUUUUUGUUGGUUACCUUGGCUAUUUUAGCUGGUGGGUGUAUUGGUGAAAGAGGAAGAUUCUUACCAACAGCUAUCUUUUUGUUUUGCUGGGCAACAGUGGUCUACUGCCCAGUAGUUUACUGGAUUUGGGGAGGCGGAUGGGCCUCACAAUGGCGUGGAGGUGCUUUGGAUUAUGCCGGUGGUGGCCCAGUAGAAAUACUAUCGGGUGUAUCAGCAUUCGUUUUCAGUGCAUUCUUAGGUAGAAGAAACGAGACCCUAAUGAUUAAUUAUCGUCCACAUAACAUUUCCACCAUUUGUAUGGGUACCUCAUUACUUUAUGUUGGUUGGUUAUUUUUCAAUGGGUUCUCUUGCGGAAAUGCAUCCAUAAAAGUUCCAUACUCCAUGUUCAAUACCCAUUUAUGCGGUGCAUUUGGCGCAAUCACCUGGUGUUUGCUUGAUUUCAGAUUGGAAAAUAAGUGGUCCAUGGUGGCAGUUUGUUCAGGGUGUAUCUCUGGAUUAGUGGCCGCCACUCCUUCAUCAGGUAUGAUUCCAUUAUGGGCCUCAGUCAUUCUUGGUAUUGUUUCUGGUAUCAUUUGUAACUUUUCGACCAAAAUUAAAUACCUUUGCAGAGUCGACGAUUCGCUAGAUGUUUUAGCUGAGCACGGUAUCGCCGGUAUUGUGGGCUUAAUUUUCAAUGCAUUAUUUGGAAGUUCCACAGUUAUCGGCUACGAUGGAGUAACUGAACAUGCCGGUGGUUGGAUUGACCACAAUUAUAAACAAUUGUACAUUCAAAUCGUCUACAUUUUGGCCACCGCAGCGUACGCUGGCGGUGUCACAGCAGUGUUAUGCUUCGUCAUCAACAAAAUACCGGGCUUGCAAUUAAGAAUAGAUUACAACGCUGAAGAAAUUGGCAUGGAUGAAGAUCAAAUAGGUGAAUUUGCCUAUGAUUAUGUUGAAGUCAGAAGAGACUUCUUAGACUGGGGCAAUCCAAGCAUCAACCCGAACGCAAUUUCUUGUCCAUCUCAGGAAAAUAUGGAAAGAAUUCCUUCGAACCCUCAAGUUUUCCAGGCUGUUGGUAGUUCGGCAGCUUCGACAGCUCAACAGGAUGAAUCGAGCAUCCAGGAAAAGCUUGAAUCCCAAAAUCACAACUCCGAAAAACACGAAUUCCAAGUUCCUGAAUCGCCAAAUUAUAAUACUGCUAAUGAUGCCAGGAAAGAGGUCAUCGAGGAGUAG